AAAAAAUUAUUCCUGAUGCCUCAUCAUAAUAAUUUCUUCAUUUGUUUUACCCUGCAUAUGACCUAAAAAAUAGAAAGACUCUCAUUGGUUGUGCUAUUUGCUAAUUGACUCCAGGUGACAAUUGCCGGCAAACUUAUCAGGAGAGGUGAGCGCUGCAGAGGAAGUAAGGUGCUCAGAAAAUGGGGUUGAUGUGGAUGUGCAUUUUUUUACUUCACUUUUACUCUGUCUACUCUAAUCCUCUGGCAAGUGUGCCAGAACAUGAAGAUGCAGAAUUAGAAUGGAAGAAUUUGCAGGCAGAGCUGAAGAAUGAGAUGGAUCAAGUGCCUCCAAGCCUUGCACCCAGAUCCCCUGUGUUUCGGGACAGAUUCCGAAGGAGUAGAUCAGCACCUCAAAUGGCUCCUUGGUAUAGAAUUGUGCCUUUCUCACAAGAUCCAAAAGAGUUAUUCAUGCCAGAAAAAGGUGUUCGACCUAUCCCCGCCUCAGUCAAGGAAAUGUUGCUUGCACCACCUCCCACUGUUGCCUCACUUGGAGAAGCAGCCAAAAAUAAGCUUGUUGAGGUCUUGUGCCACAUUGACCGUAUGUAUGUGAAAGUAAGCAAGGAGCUUUUCUCAACAAGAGACGCAUUCAAAGACUUGAAACUUGGCAAGUGUCCUGUGAACGAAGGCACUUCGGAAAAUUAUUACCUUCUGUAUCUUCUGAAAAAUGACUGUGGAUUCAAGAGAGAGAGUACUGAUGACUAUUUGUUCAUCAGUAUUGUGCUCCACUACAAGCCAACCACUCCAGUUAUACGAGAGAUGCCAUUUGACGUUGUCUUGCAGUGUAAAUACCCAAGGCAUUUUCACUCCUUCCAUCCUGGCAUCUCUAUCGAAUUGAGGAGGGGCACGGUUUACAAACCCCUCCGAUCAAAACAUGCUUACGUAAUCAUUCCUCAAGAUGCAUCAGGGAAUGAAAUUGGGGGAGAUAAAACGUUUAUCCUGGGACAGCCGAUGUACUUUGAGGUGAAACGGGCAGACAACAUUUCCACGAACAAGAGGCUUUACAUCAACAAGUGUUUCAUGACAGCUCUCCAAGAUCCUUACUCUGAACCUAAAUACACAGUUAUUGACAACCAAGGUUGUAUGAUUGAUAGUAAGGUGACGAGACAGUCUGCGUUUCUCAAGGGCCACUUAAACGUCCAAAAAUUCUCAGUGAGUGCCUUCAUUUUCAAAGACACGGCUGCUUCUUCAUCAUCACCGCAACUCUAUCUGCACUGUGAAUUCUCUAUGGGCGAUCCAACACCCACCUCCAGUUCAAAGGCUUGCAAUUACCAUCAAGCUACCAAAAAGUGGAAAGAGUUGCAUGGUAAUGACAGCGUGUGUACCUGCUGUGAAUCCUCCUGCUUGUCACUAUCAAAAGCUUCUGGGAACAUGGUCUCAAGUCCGUCAUGGAAGGUUAGCUUCAGAGGUAAGGAUGGAAACCCGGACUUUGAGCUCAAGCCGAAAUCUGCUGUCUGGGGCACGUCCAGCUUUGAGGACUUGAAGGACCAUCGUGACUUCCUUAGCUACUGGGAGUAAUUAUAUCUUGGAAAUAAAACUACUCCACCUCA